CCCCAAUUGGCUCAGACUGUUUAGAACAAUUUAAACGGGUUUCAGCGGGUGUUGAAAUCAAAUUGGAGGAAAGACUGACUAUUAUGUUGCGCAGAGAAUGAUAAUGGUGGAUUAUACGACGAAUACUUUUAUGAACAUUAUCGAAAUCAUCUGCAGUGUAGAGUGAACUGCUAUCUCAGCGAAACGGAUUGUAUUUUGUCGAACCCGGAAGAGUGUUAUGACAGCGACUAUGAGCUCUGUACUGUCCUCAACACGCACCCUGCUGCAGAUGUUCGAUGUGAAAAUACAAGCGUUUGCCAAUGAAAUUGAAAAUGACCACAUGGUGUGGCUGUUUGAGAUCCAGCACGAAGCCAACCGCAUAUUCUCAAGUGACUUUAGUGCAGAACUGGAAUUGAUGCCAAAGACUCCAUCACAGAAGAAGCGCAACCGUAGGAAACGUCUAUCUGUGGGUCAGAAUGAAAAUCGCAACAAGAGACGCUUCUCCAAGGGAAAGCGCAGCGACCUGCGUCGCUCCUCCGUGUCCACCUCCCUGAACCUGAUAGCAGAGGAUGAAGGAGGGUCCCCAGUCACAAGGGAAGAGCUGGUCAAACCCUCACGCGCUCGCAGAACCAAACAGACCACCCAGCCUGAGGUGGCAUCACCUGUACGCAGCACCCACAAAGGAGCUGCUCAGACCUCCUCCUUCCAGCUGGAGGAGGCACAGCAGCAGGUGUCUCGCUCCAUCAGCCAGAUCCUGGAGGAGGAGGCUGAGAGUAAGAGGGGGGAGUCCAGCUCAGACUCCUUCCAGCCCCCAUGUUUCACACCCCGUCGCCCCCCUCUGACCCAAAGCCACAUAACUAAAGCCGUAGUUAAGAUCUCAGCCUCCGAGCGGCAGUCUGCAGAGCUCCAGAUGAACCCCAACGCAGAGCGCUCUCCAGGCCGCGCCGCCAUUAAGAUAGUCAUUGCUGCUGCCACGCACUUCGGCCCCAGACGGAGCUCUGUGCGGCUCUCCCUGGCAGGGCUGAGAAACAGCAUGACCCAGGAGUCUGUCCGUAGGGCCUCCAGGAGAUCCUUCCUGAAGAAGGCUCGGCUGGGCAGCUCCACCUGCAGCAGUAACGUCAGCGGGCUUGAUGGCAGCGGUAAGCAGUCACCAUCAAGUCUGGGUCCUCGUCUCAGUGCCAAGCGAAGAGUAGCAGCGGAAGCUAAAGAGGACUUCCAGACCCCCGGGAAGAAGCCUUCACCCCUCAAGAAGAGCCAGAGUGUGAGGCCCAACGUGAGGUCGUUUCUCCACACGGUCCAGAAGAACCAGAUGAUGCCGAUGAACCCUGGGUCUCUGGGACGCAGCACGGUCAUGAAGCCCUUCAUUCAACACACCACGCCGGACAGAGUCGACCUCAAGUCGGGCAGUGGUCUUGUGGAAAGAGAAUGCCUGAAACUGGAAGCACUGAAGAAGAAGCAAGAGCAAGAAGAGGAGAGGGGGAGGAAGAAGAUGGAGGAAGAGAAGAGGAGAAAACAGGAGGAGAUGAAGAAGAAGAAGAGGGAUGAACGGCUGCGGAGGGUAGUCGAGGCCCGGGUGAAGGAGGAACAGAAAGAUAAGAAGAUUCUCCAGAUUGAGAAACACGACACACUGCAAGUGGAGCACAUGGCAGAGGAGAAAGCCAAGGAGAAGGUGGCCGCCAAACGCCAGGACGAGCUGGAACUGAGGAGGAGGAGGAAGAGGAAGAAGAUUCAACAAGCUGAGGAGGAGGAGAAGAAGCGUCACCAGGAGCUGCAGACUAAGAGGAGAGCAGAAGAGGAGCAGGAGAGGACUCGUAAGAUGGCUGAGGCCCGACUAGCAAUGGAGGAAGAACAGGAGAGGACUCGCAAGAUGGCUGAGGCCCGACUAGCAAUGGAGGAAGAACAGGAGAGGACCCGCAAGAUGGCUGAGGCCCGACUAGCAAUGGAGGAAGAACAGGAGAGGACUCGCAAGAUGGCUGAGGCCCGACUAGCAAUGGAGGAAGAACAGGAGAGGACUCGCAAGAUGGCUGAGGCCCGACUAGCAAUGGAGGAAGAACAGGAGAGAGAGAGACGAGAUGCAGCUGAAAGGGAUCGGGUGAAGAGGGAACAGACGUUUGCUCUUCAGAGAGACGUGGACAGAGCUGCCGGAGAGAGAGAGAGGAAAGAGUUGAGGAUGAAGGAGAGGAGGAGGAGGAGGGAGGAACAGCAGAGGCGAGCGGAGGAGGAGAGACACAGAGAAGCAGCCAGACAGACAGAAACGGAGGCUGCCACCACUGUUGCCACGAGUCACCUGACUGCUGAAGUUGAGACGCCCGUAGGGAAGGGAGGAUUAAUCAACCGCACUGCAGAUAUCAAGCAGUCUCCGCAGUCGUAUGAGAUCACUCCUAAGGGGGGCGACAAGCCCGUUGUUCUCAACACCAACGCCGAGGACUAUGGGAUGGAUCAGAACAGUGAGGACUCUACUGAUGAUGAGUCGGCACCAAGGAAACCCAUUCCCAAAUGGGCCAAGGGCGACCAGCUGAAACAGUCCAUGAAGAGGCAAUAUUUCAACCCAACGGACGUGGACUGUCACUAUGGAGAGAUUGAACCUCCAAUGUUGAACCACAUCUUCUACAAGAACAAACCUCGUUACCUCAAACGUACCAGUUCUGGUAUCUGGUACUCUCCUCCUAAAAUGGAGGCUCUGCCCAUUUAAACACUGGGAACUGGGAUAGAAUGGGUUUUAUAUUGUAUUUUUGUUGCGUUUUUGUUCUUUUGCAUGUGUUAUAUUAUAGAACCCUCUGGUUGACGGACACCUGAAGUGACUGCAGAUAAGUGCAAGAAAUGUAGCAAACCAUUUUAUAUAUAUAUAUAUAUAUAUAUAUAUAUAUAUAUAUAUAUAUAUAUAUAUAUAUAUAUAUAUAUAUAUAUAUAUAUAUAUAUAUAUAUAUAUAUAUAUAUAUAUAUAUAUAUAUAUAUAUAUAUAUAUAUAUUGUAUUUUUUUAUAUAAAUGUUGUAUACAUUUCAAAAAUUCUCUUGAAUAAAAUGAGUAGAACAUG